AGGACUACCUUUUGUAGCCUUCACGCAUAGAUGUACUUUUUGUAUCGCUCAGUGUUUAUUUUCGCGUGCUAAACUGUUCGCGAAUCACGUUUUUUUGAUACAACGUUGACGCUUGCAGAAAGUUUAUUCGCAAACGUUUUUAAUUCCUGCUUCGCAAUAUCUUUUUAGCUUUGCGGAAGCGGAUACUUUUUAGAAAUUAAAUUUUGGAUGCGAAGUCCGAGCAACAAAAUCAAAAAGAAAACAGAACACGCUCAACUUCGAUGAUAUCUUCAGCGUCCGCUUCGUCUUCGGGUGCCCAACCUGAAGCUUCUGAUGUGUUGGGUAAAGAGACAGGAGGAACAGCAGGCGCAUCGUUGAAGCGACCUCGAGCGGAGAUAGACGAUGGAGAACAGAACGAGGAUGUUAGACUAGAAGAGGCAGAUCUGCGAAACAACAGCAGCGGAAACCCAACCCCUAAGGAUGGUGACGGCGAAGAUGUUGAAAUAUCCAUAUCUGCCUGCAUAUUUGCAAAAUGUAGCGAAAGGCAACCCGCUACCGGGCCUGCCAUGUUUAUUUUUCACUCCCGCGCCCGACGUUUUCGCGUCAGCGAGUUGCUGGGGAGGAGAGCGGAAGCCGGAGGCUCAUUCUCUGGCACCGCUGGCGCAGUUAGUUAAUAGCGAAUACAUCCUAGCGCUACCCCUUUGGCGAAGGGUCAGCCGAACGGAUACGCGGCUGCACCAGAGCCGCGCGAAUCCAAGCGCGCUGAUUGUUUGCAAUUCUGCAACUGGGCCAAACGCAGCGGCUGUAGCGCGCCGCAACUGGCUCCAGCCUCUCAAUAGUGGCGGUCGGCAACUCUUUUUAGCGACCGGCGCGGCGCGCCUUCUUGCAGUUUAGGGAUGCGGAAAAGCAGGCCGCCAGCAUUCGCCAAAGCCGGGGGCCAUUCGUGAAAAGCCUCCAGGUGGCCUCCCGGCCAGCGCGCACGCACCCAAAAAGCGCAGCAAAUCCGAGGAAAGCACCUCCACCGAGCCCUAGCCCACCGCGCAACAUGCCUAGUAGCAGCAUUUCGCUGAGCAUGCCCCGCUGCUCCAGAAACUCUUGGCCGUACUUCAGCCAGGUCGCAAAGCAUUCGCCCACGGUUCCGGUGCGAUCGGGAAAUAUUGUCAGGCAUCUUGGGUUCGCAUAAAGAUGUCGCAUCAAGACCAAUACCCCAAACAAAUACCCCUUGAUGGAGGUAUUCGUUGGGGGUAUUCGUCAUCGUUGUGCACCGAGCUGAGUCCAAAAAUCCCGGGGGGUAUUGAUGGGGGUAUUCGUACGGGGUAUUGGUUUGGGGUAUCGCGUUGGGGUAUUGCUUUGGGGUAUGCGUUUUCGCAUUGGGUGAGCUUGGCGAAGGUGAAACGCGAGCGGGAAAUUUCCAUCAUUGCAAAAUUCCAAUUUGUGUUUCACCCAAACCCGAGCGGGGAAUUUCCAUCAUUGCAAAUUGUAGCUUGCCUCUCACCCAAACCCGAGCGGGGAAUUUCCAUCAUUGCAAAUUGUAGCUUGCCUCUCACCCAAACUCGAGCGGGGUAUUUCCAUCAUUGCAAAAUGGCGAGCGUCAAUACUUUCAACUCCCCACACCGUCUGACUUCCAAACCCGAGGACUUGGCGGAUGGCUGGUCGCCUCGCCAACUCCUACGCGCGCGGAGACAUAUCCAGACGAAGCCUGGGCGCAGCCUCUCGCCCAGGCUUCGUUCGGGUGUAGAAGGUGCGCAACACAGGGACGCCGCACGGCAGGCGGCUCCACACAAAAGUCAGAGCGCUGCUCCUGGCCUCGCCUGCAGCCCCACUCCCCUCUCCCUUUGGCUUCCCGGAAGGCCUCGGUCUUCGGCACUUUCAUUUGGCCAGUGCGGAAAACCGAGCUGGGAAUUUCCAUCAUUGCAAAAUGCAGAAAAUGGCUUACAACGACACCUUCUGAUGCCCUUUCCCGCACUUUCAGUGGAGCGGCAAAAGGAAGCACGAGAUGGAAGGCUGGCAGACCGCCGGCCAGCUGCCAAAAGCUGCUGCUGCGAGUCCUCUACAUUUUGCAAAUAUGCGCACAAAUAUGGAAAUUUUCAAGGACUAAAGGAUGGUGACGGCGAAGAUGUUGAAAAAGAAAAUCCCACUGAUAUGAGAGUGAGAAAAUAUUCAUUUCAAAAAUAUUCACAGAGCCGAAAAAAAAUUUGUUUUGCGCAAUUAUUGAACGCCUAGGAAAAAGACUCCGCGACAUGCGCGCGCGAGAGCUUCGCUGAGGCGCUUCAUGUGGAAAUCCUGGCCCAGAAAGCGCACGAAAAGCGUUUGGCGACUUACAGGGCCGAGAGAUAUCAAGGCCUACGCCUCAAGUGUGCUCCUUCGUUCACCUCUAAAGAAAAUGAUGUGGCGCGCGCUCUUGCGGAUUCCUUGCUAGGUGGCUGGGCGCCCUCGCUUUGCGGAGACCCCGCGACUUUUUUUGCAGAAUCUGGAAAGGUCCUCUUCGCUCAGACGCAAGCGCUACUCCUGUAAAGGCCAAGGUUGAACUGAAAUGCGCCACAGCGCCGGCAAUGGCUGUUUUGCACCAAGUCGGACACCUCUCGCCCGCUUUGUUUCUGGAUAUUCAUUUUCGAAUCACGACGAGACUGCGUUUCCGUUUUUAUUAGCGGAAGCUACUCUCACUUGAUUUAUCCUAUAUUCAUCUGCGCAAUUUCCGACAGCGAAAAAUGUCAAAAAAGUGCGCACUUUCUGGGAAAAAGAGGCGUUUUUUGGGGAGGUGAAUAUUUUUGCGCAUCCCACUGCUAUGCUCCUUUCAGACCAGCCCAAAAAGUAAAAAUAUUCAUACCUCCUCUGAGGACGUCAAAAAAGUGCUUCUUUUCUGCUUCCAACCUUUGCGGCUUUUGGCAGCACACAAAGUCGCCGAGCUUUUCUAUAGGCUUGGCCAACAGAAGUAUCCUGGUAAAGGCCAGGCGACCCCGUCUCUUGCAGGGGUUUGCGCCUCGGCAAAGUGCGGCCGUCUAGAGCAACUGCUCUAAUGGCCGCCACCUACCAGGAUGUGCUCGAGCCCAGUCGGGAUCGAGCAACGCCUGCAGGGGCAAGGCAGCGCACCGUGGCAGCUUCUUCAAGGCUUUGAGACCGCGAUCUGCCGCCUGAAUGCUAGGCAAGCUGCCACUUGUGGAAGAUGGCUGCGCAUGUCGCCGGCACGCAGGCCGUCCCCUAUUUGUUUGAAGGAUCUGACUCACAAGAUUGACAGCAGCGGAAACCCAACCCCUAAGGAUGGUGACGGCGAAGAUGUUGAAAAAGAAAAUCCCACUGAAGAUGCUCCUGACAAGAAUACUUCAAAAAAGAAAAUUUAAGAGCAGGACGAUAAUUCAGGUUUUUGGGUGUGUGUCCACAGCGAACCAGCUAGCCAAAAAAACGGGCGAGAACCCGCACCAUACGCGACCAACAUGCCGCGAGUCGUGCCUCCUCGCAAAGUCGCGAUAGACCGACGCACAGCUCACAGCGAGGGAGGGGGGGCGCCCCUUCACCGCUUGAAGGGGCGCAAGGGGCUCCCGGUAGAGUAAGUCGCGUCGCAGUAUCGUUGGCCCAAAUGUGGCGAGCGUCACAGCCGGCAACUUUGAUCGCGCGGCCUGCAGGUCUCGGCUCAGGACCAGGAGUCUCCUUUCACCCUUUGCCGCGCAAAGGGUGAAAAGGGACUGUGGAUAGCAAGUCACGACGCAGUACCUUGAGCCAAAAGUGCUCAAGGUCUGCGUCCGCGACUUCGAUCGAGUGGUCCACAAGUCUCAACUCCGGGCUUUUUUUCCCCUUUGCCUCGCGAAGGGUGAAAAGGGACUCAGGAUAGGAAGUCACGACGCAGUACCUUGAGCCAAAAGCGCUCAAGGUCCACGUGUGUGACAUUGGUCGAUUGGCACACAAGUCUCAAUUAGGAGCCUCCUUGCUUUCUUUUCCCCGCGAAGGGUGAAAAGAGACUCCAGGUAGCAAGUAGCGGCGAAGUACCUUGAGCCAAUUGUGCUACGCUGCGCGACCCGCAUCGUUGUGCGCGUGAUCCACAAGUCUCAAUUAAGUACUUUCGCAAGAAAUCGUCUGCCUUCUCCAGCAUUCCGUGGUGAGUAAAGUUCCACAGCUAGUAUUUUGAAUCAGGUGAACUAGAUCUGUAGAACGUUAAACACCAUGGCGCGCUGCGCCUGGCGCUUUUGCAGCGCCAUCACUUGCAAUAAAAUCCUCGCGGUUCUUGGCGUGGGCGCCGAUCGCGAUGAUUUUCUGGUGUUGUUGCACCUUCCAUUUUUGCGGAAAUGAAAACCACGAUCCGGCCGACCUGUUUUAUUUCCGCGUGCGGCUGGCCGCACGCGGAAAUAAAACCGGAUGACUUUUAUUUCCGCGGAGCCGUUUGUUCUAGAAUCUAGAACAAACGGGUCCGCGGAAAUAAGAUCCGACCAUUUUCAUUUCCGCGUGCGGCCAGCCGCACGCGGAAAUAAAACAGGUCGGCCGGAUCGUCGGUUUUAUUUCCGCAAAAAUGGAAGCUGCGGACUCGCGGCAAAAUCAUCGCGAUCUAGUUCGCAGGUUUGUCGCGAGGAACCGAAACGCGCAAUGCGACUCAUUCUCGUAGGCAAGGCGCAGCAAAAUGCCGGUGAUCUCUUGGCAGCGAGUGGCGCAGGGGCGUUCGUUGUUGAGUUAGGUGUGUUGUCGUACUUAUGUUGCAGACGCAUGAAAUUGAAAUGGUGGGGGUAUCAGGGGACUCUGCUGGAAGCCAAAGAGCGCAGUAUAACUUUAUUCCCCACGGUGUGCGCGUCGCUUGUCUCUCUAGUUUUGCAGCUAUGCCUUCUGCCGCACUUGCGCUCCAAGCGCGUGGCGCUCAUCUGCGGAUAUUCUAGGUUGCUGACUUGGUCGUCAUAUUUGCGAGCUAUUUUCUUGGGGAUUGCCUAGCAUUUUCGGCAUCCCAGUCGCGAUGGAAUCACAGCAAAGCCGCGGCUUUCGGGCGGCAAGCUGUUGCGGUUUGAGGGCGCCCCGCCCCUACGGCCUGGGCGCCCAGUUAUCUUGAUGCUGGUCGAACUGUUUUAGGGCGGGGCCCGGGCGUGGCAUCUAUUUUGUUCAUCACGGCGACCCCUAAGGAUGGUGACGGCGAAGCUGUUGAAAAAGAAAAUCCCACUGAAGAUGCUCCUGACAAGAAUAGUCCGAGCACACCAGUGGAAGAAGGAAGACCAAAUGAAAACACCGACAGUGCGGACGACAAGAAAAAAAACAGUAAACCAAAGAAGAAAAUAAAGCAGGAGCAGCAUCAAGGACUACGACUACCACCCGCAGCCCCGCCUACUUUCCUCCCGUUGCCAAAGCUUGAGCACGACCCCACGGACGAGAUGUAUGGCAACCUGCCAAAGUUUCAUCCCGGGGAGAACAUCAUAAUCGGGAUUGACGAGGCGGGCCGGGGUCCAGUACUGGGCCCCAUGAUCUACGGUUUGGCGUACGCACCGGAAAAAGCGGAUCUAAAAGCUUUGAUCGCCACGGAACUGGACGACUCCAAAAAACUGUCAGUGUUGCAGCGCACCAGCAUGUUUGGGAAAGUGCAGGAAAAUAACAAUUGCAAAAGUGUCUGGGUCUGGAGGAGUCGGGGCUUGUCAUGCACAUUUUGCAUGACCUGUGAAGUCCAAGUUUGUGACUGUGAUGCUGGUGCUAGCAUCGCAGAUUUUUUGAGAGCUUCUUGAUGCUCAUUACGCAUGAGAAGUGCCCUCUUCGCGUGCCAAGAGCUGACUCCUCUUGCUGCAGCUCAUGCAACACAGACAUUUUUAGGAUCCGCAGACAGUUGCAUUACUUUCCAGACCCAGACAUAUUUGCAAUCCAUAUAAAAUGUCGGCUGGAUCGCACACGUGUCGUCCGCGGAAAAACUCAGCCGGGAUAUGACAGGUAUAAGUCGUACCAUUUGGUUUUAUUUUCCAGCAGCCCUGCAUCAUGUUUUGGUUUUGCUACAUCUGAUGUUGACAACUUGUACUUUAUUUGUCAGCAGAAAAAUAACAACCCAGCACACUGACUUCAACUUCUAUCAGGCUCCACCAAGGUGAGUUUGAAUCUGAUCGCCCAGACGGCCACCGUGAACGCGAUCAAGUUGGUUCUUGAGAAGCAGGUCGGGAGUAAGGUAUCAGCCCUUUACGUGGACACGGUCGGCGAUCCGGACCGGUACGCCAACCAGCUGAAGGCAAUUUUUCCGCAAAUCCCGACCAUCAUCGUGGCGAAAAAGGCCGACAGUCUGUACAAAAUAGUUUCCGCCGCGUCGGUGGUGGCAAAGGUGUGUCGGGAUCACAUGCUGGAAGAGUUUGCGUUUCCGGAAGAAAGCGAGAAGCGAGAACGCAAAGCCGAGAUCGUCACGCGCGAAUUCGUAUGCAUGAAAAUGGGAAAAGUAUUGUAUUCAUGUAGCCUCUAGGUCUAGUCCCCUGCGUGUGCAUGUCUAUCAUGAUUUUUUUUAUUUUGCCAGGCCUUAUUGAAUAAAGUUAAAGGAGUUUACAGCUGCUACAGCCGCAAGUCAGGUAAUUUCCUGGAAGGUUGAUAGAUAGGUCCUUCUUCGUGAGGAUGCAGUACCAAGAACGACGAAAAUAGGAAGCACUUUCUCAUUUUCUGAGGAUAACUCGGCUGUGGCUACCCGGGCGAUAAACAAACCAUCAAGUGGAUGGGGAAAAACGUCCAGCAUGUUUUUGGCUUUCCAAAGUUGGUAAGGUUUUCAUGGGAAACCACCGAUAAGCUGAUGGAAAAGAACUGCGCGAAGGUCGAGUUUUACGAGGAGCUGGAAACCGAGUUGGCGAAUAAGCAGCCACCACCACUCACCGCUUUCUUCGCGAAAUCGAAUCAGCCGGCGAGGAAAAAAUGCUUUCUGCAACGGGGACUCGGUGUCGUCACGGACUUCUGAUAGUGCACUGAAUGAAUCGCGCGAACAAACAAUCGAAAAUCAAAUGAGACUCUUCACGCAAAAAUCGAAAACAAUGCAAACACUCAAGACCCCUCUACGUCUUGUUUGCACUUGCUUUCCGUUCCGAAGGGAGAAAACAAACAAAAAGCUUCGAGGACGCCAUGUGUAUGGCUUGUUCUUUUUUUCGAUGUUUUUUAGAU